CUAAAGAUGACACGGCGUUGCCACCAAUUUUCUGAAUCUAAAAAUGGAUGUUUUCCCCGUUAAUGACCGUGGCACCCACGUUUACGGUUACAUAUGAUAGUGAAAGUGAAGCCUUUAAUUUGUAAGCAUUCUCUUUUUCUUUUGUAAUAUAUACAUACAGUUUCUAACACACAUAACCUCAACUCUCCCACCAUGCAAUCUCCACCAAUUUUAACUCCUCCUACGAUGGAUGACGACGACGACGGCGGCGGCGGUCAUCUCUUCCGAUUUAGCCCGGUUCUCGUCGGCCUUCUUGGAGUCAUUGCCGGAGCCAUCGUGGUGGCUACUUAUCAUUUAGUUUACACCAUUUGCACAUGCUACCGCAGGCCCACGGUGGAGACCGACAAUACUACUAUCCAAGAUGUUGUUGAUCAAAAUCCACGGGAAAGGCCUCGUCAAAGAAACAGAGGUGCUUCCACAAUACCCACUUUGAUUCCCAUUUUUAGGUACAGCAAAGAUUGCAAUGAAGAUACGUGUGCCAUUUGCUUGGGUGAUUUCAAGGACGGUGAGCAGAUUCGGGUACUGCCAGAUUGCUUGCACUUUUUCCAUGUUGGAUGUAUAGAUAAAUGGCUAAAUUUGCACUCCAAUUGUCCGCUUUGCCGAGCUGGAACUUCUCCCCCGCAGCAGGUGGCCGUCUCUUUGCCGGAAUCUAGCAUAUCGAUAUCUACGGGACUUGGCAGAUUACCCGAUUUAAGGGUUUAGCUUCUUUUUUUUUCUCUCUCCAAAUGAUGAAAACGAUGGGGUUUGAAGCUAGUUUGGUUGGAUACCCUUUUAUUGAUGAUUGUUUAUUUGCUUGGAAGUGACUCAAAGGGAGAAAGUGCCCUGUGAAUGAGAAAACUUUGUGUCGGGAAAAUAUACAAAUAUCGUACAUAAAUUUUGAUUUUGAAA